AUGACCGUCUCCCGUGCCCACGCCCCAAACGCUGUCUCUGGCCUGGGUGUGCUCGGAGCCCACGAGCUGAGGACGGGCACAUCAAGCACUGACAGCCAGCAAGCUGAGCACAGGAGCUGUUCAGCCUCUAACACAUCGGCUGAGAACCUCACCUGCCUCUCCCUGCCUGUGAGCCAGCAGACAGCUCCUCUCCCAGGUCCAGCACACGCAGGCGCUGGGCAGCCACUUCGUGAGGGGUACGUGGGUGUCAGGGAAGAGGUGGGUCUUCCUGCACCCCACUCUCAGGUGGUCAGGAUCCACAUCCGUCGCCUGCUUUCCUGGGCUUCCCCUGGGGCUUGUGGGCGGAGAUCAACCCCUUGUGCCUUGCCCCAGGCCCUCCCUCACUCAGGCAAGGCCCUGCCUGGCAGGUGGUUCUUCCCUGGCUGUUCCCUUCCAACAGGCGGGGCCCCAAUCAUCCUAUUGCUUUGGAACUAGAGACAUUUCCUUAACUGGGCUUUGCAGCAGAGGGAAGAGAACAGUGGCAGAGCCAGGCACAUACCUCCUGUACCCAGGACAGCACCCGUAAGCAAGGGGGAAGGGGGUCACCCACCCCAGAACCCAAAUGGAGAGAAAGUCAAGACAACCACCCCUGACCUAGGGCUGCACCAACCACUGAUGUCUGACCCCGCUGUGGCUAUCCUCAGAGCCAGGAGGGCUCCAGAAGCCCACCCGCCUCAAAGCUGUUCAGGGAGCCUCACGGCUGUUUGCAACAUGGGUGUGUGCCAAGGCCAAGGGGACACAGAAGAUGGCAGGAUGACACUAAUGGGGUGAGCAGAGCACACUGGUGCCUCCCACACUGCUCUCCAGCACCAGGCAGGGUCACCACAGCUGACAAGCACCAGGCCUGGGGAUGGGUGAGGAGACAGGGUUGUUGAGAAGGGGAAAUGGAAAGCUAGUCAUCCGUGGCACUCAGGGCUGGGCGGGCCAGGGAAAAGAGGGCGGAGGCUGGGCCCAGCCUCCCUCCUGGAGGUCAGAGUAGAGCACCUGGCACUCUGCCCUGGCCCAGAACUAGGCUGUGGGCUCCACGCUGCACACCCAACUCAGGUGCAGACAGCAAACCCCUGACUGUUCACACUCAUUGUGCCCUGCCCCCUUCCUGCCCGCUCUCCGCCCCUAGCCCACGGUGACUUCACCCCCACGGUGCCAGCCACUGACUGACUGCCCCUCCCUCCCACAGUGACAUUUUCCUGGGAUCUGCAGGUCUCAGGUCUACCUGAUGCAGACAGGCCCUGACCCCCACUGGGGCCCAAGGCCCAG